ACCUGGCUUCGUGCUAAACGUAUGCGGAGCAUUCUAUAAUGGCGGCGCUGCCAGAUGGAUGAGGGUGGCGCUAGCUCGCGGGGUGCUGCCUGCAGGCCAGCGGUUUGCUGGCCCUGCGUGGUGGCAAGAACGAUCCAGGGACCAAAAAGAUAAGGAAGGAGUCCCUUCGAGAGCUUUUCAGCUGCAUUUGAAGAAAUCUGCUGUUGCUAAUCCUCCAGCAACUGUCGAAACUCCUGUCUCGUGAGCUUGUGCAGGAUUUUCUGUGCCCCACAUUUGACAUCCAUCAAAAAGCAACCAACCUGUUAUAUACAAGCAUGGCGUGUGUGUGUCGUUGCUGUGUGUAACUUGGUGCAGCUGCCAUGGUUUCUGGGACCAGUCCAACUUCUUCUAGCUCUCCGCUCGAAUGGAUUCUGGAGAACAAGUCGUGGAGACGGCUGCCUUUUAGUAAAGCCCUGGCUGUUAGCUUGGAUCCAACCCCAGCAGGAUGAUUGCUUGAGCCUGCACCAGUGCUGGGGGUUUUGCAGGGGGGUUUGUUAGAAGGGUGUUUGGCUGGUGCAGGGACUACAAGUCGUUAGGAGGGUUUUCAGGUGUAUAGCAAGCGAUCAGGGGUAUAUAAACAUCAAGCAAUUGAACAGGACUACCUUUGAACCCAGGGCAUUUGUUAGUUUAGGUAGAGUGUUUUCUUGUCUCCACAAAAGCAACCCUCCUGAUUCCUGAAAGGUUCUCGUGUAAAGAUGGCUCAAGGGCAAGACGUGAAGCGUCGCGCGAGUACUCUUGAAGGGGAGUGGCUGAAGUCUCUGGCUGCAAACGUUGGGGAGCAGUGCGGCGAGCAGAGCACAGUGGAUAUCGCAGACAUGCUGGAUGCUAGCCUUCAGGACGACGAGGUCAGCGAUGACGAGGUGGAUGUGGAGGGGUUGGAGCGGCGGAUGUGGCGAGACAUGUGGAAGCUGCGGCGGCUCAAAGAGAGGCUGAGGCGCAAGGAGGGAGCCGACGAGAAGCCCCAGCAGAAGCAGUCGCAGGAGCAGGCGCGCAGGAAGCAGAUGUCGCGGGCGCACGAUGAGAUACUGAAGUACAUGCUCAAGAUGAUGGAGGUCUACAAGGCGCAAGGGUUUGUGUACGGCAUCAUCCCCGAGAAAGGCAAGCCCGUGGGGGGCGCCUCCGAGAACCUCCGCGCCUGGUGGAAAGACAAGGUCCGCUUCGACCGCAACGGCCCUGCCGCCGCCGCUAAGUAUGCAGCAGAGCACGCUUCCCAGUGGGGGGGUCCCAAUCCCCAGUCCCCCCCGGCCCCCACUCCCAGCAGUCUCGCAGAACUCCAGGACACGACUCUGGGGUCGCUGCUGUCGGCGCUGAUGCAGCAUUGCACCCCCCCCCAGCGGAGGUAUCCGCUCGAGAAGGAGGUGGCGCCCCCCUGGUGGCCGACCGGGGAGGAGGAGUGGUGGCCGCAGGUCGGGCUGCCCCCGGGGUCGGGACCCCCGCCGUAUAGGAAGCCCCACAACCUGAAGAAGGCGUGGAAGGUGGGCGUGCUGACCGCGGUGAUCAAGCACAUGGCCCCCGACAUCUCCAAGGUGCGCAAGCUCGUGCAGCAGUCCAAGGGCCUCCAGGACAAGAUGACCGCACGGGAGAGCGCCACGUGGCUCGCCGUCCUCGCUCAGGAAGGCGCCCAAAACGGCGGGGGGGGCCACCACGGGCCGGGGCCGGCGAUGAUGGUCAGCGGGGAAGGCUCUGCCGAAGAUUAUGACGUGGAAGGGCCGGCGAAACCGAGCCCCCCCCUCGUCAUCACGUCUCUUCCGGGGGAGGACGAAGGGGAGAAAGCGUCCCCCCGAACUGGGCUCGGCGUGUUGGACCAUGGCAACCGGGGGGUGGCGAACAGCAGCAGCGUGAGCAUCGCGAGCCCCCCCCUGGGGCCAAGGAAGCGGGCGUCCCCAGGCGAGCAGCCGCAUUCGGGGGGGACGCUGCUGUUCACGUGCCAGUAUAUCAUGUGCCCCCGGCACGAAGCGUGGAACGCGUUCCCGAACCGGGCGGCGCGCAACGCGCACCAGGCGUCGUGCGCCUUCAAGGUGGAGGAAGGCGGCGUGGGGGGCGGCAGGGAAGCCCCCCGGAACGAGAACGGGGGGCUGAUGAAGUCGGAGCUUCGGCAGUGGGAGGCGCGGCUGGGGGGGGAGGCGCACGGAGAAGCGGGGCCGCACGCACCCCCCCACGACAUCUUCAAGAGCCCGGAUCUGUUGCCCCUGCACUACCCGAACGACAUCUUUGCGGGAUUGUUUUCGGAGGGGGGCGAGCACGUUGUGGAGAAGGGGGGGGGGCAGUUCGGGAACCCCUUGGAUUCCUUUUCUUUAGAUGCGUUGGACGGGCUGGAUGGACAGCACUGGGGGGGCGAGGCAGCGGUUCAAUUUCCAAGGCCAGUUACCCCCCUGGAAGAAGUCGGCAUCGACGGCGCGUUCCACACUCAUUUGCCGGGGGGGCAACACGCGCCGCACCACCACCCCCCUGUCCUGAUGGGAAUUGACCAUUCGGAGCAGAGGCAACGAGCUGCGCAGUCUCAUACGCCGCAGGGGUUUGGCUCCUUCCAGGGGUUCUCCGGGGGGGCCCUUGAGAACAGUUUGCCACCGACGAAUGUCCAGCACGACAGCCUUAGCAUGUAUACUACGAGCGGCCUAUUAGAACAGAUCCCUCAAACCGCAGCUCAGCAGGGUCACGAGCAGAGGAGUACGGAUUGGUUAGGCUUGCAGCAAGCCGAAAUGCUCUUUGGUAGCGGUGUUCCGUUUGCGCUGGAGCCGCCCAAGCGUCCUUCUCGCCAGGCCUCAGUAGCGGGCUCCCUUGUCGGGGAUCAGUCGAAGAGUCCAGAAUCAGCGGCUGUCUCGGAAAUGGGGGACAGCGAGUUCGUGUGGUGAUUGUUGGUUGAUCAGGUCCCCUUGUUUAUCGGUGAUUGACCAUGAGGAGUCGAGUUUGUCACGGGUAGUACUGCAAUUUGAGGUCCGGAACUGUAGUCGGUCGUAGGAUGAUUCUGUCUGCUUAACAGUGCGCUAUUGUAUGUUGGUCUGACCCUGUAAAGGACGUCGCUCC